AUGGACAUCUCGUACACAUCCGCUGAUCACACUGACAUAGGCGUACUAAAAGGCGCGCAUCUUGACCUAGAGUACGGCACUAGCUCGAAAAAAAACGAUUUUGAGCUGACUCUCGACGCCGAUUCUGGGCGAAAACUCGACGUUGGGGCUUUCGUAUACGUCGAGGGUACCGAGUACGGUGGCAUCAUCGAUGCCAAAAGGUCAAAUACUAGGGAAAAGAUAAUCGUAUACAGUGGCAGGUCCUGGCACGGCAUGCUUCACGACAAAGUGCUUUGUCCCGAUACUGGGCGCACACAUCUGGAGCUAGAGGGUACUACGAAAAGUAUGCUCGAUCAACUGGUCGGCCGUAUGAGUCUGCGAGACCUCUUCUACGUAUCUGAUCAGGCCGAUACCAGUAUGCGAAAGUAUGCUUUUCCCCGCUACUGCGACGGGUAUACAGGUGUCUGCAAGCUGCUGGAAAAAGCUGGGUUAACGCUGUCUCUGGCUUUUCAUGCGAGUCAUAGCAAGGUGGCCAUAAGCACGGCUCCUGUCACUAGCUGGGGCGAUAAGCCGCAUGAAGAUUGGCUCGAUCUGAAAAUCUCUUGCGUGUACCGGCCAUACAACCAUCUGGUCUGCCUGGGUAAGGGGACAGGAGUCAACCGAGCAAUUUUACAUUAUUUCGCUGAUAAGUAUGGCAAUAUCUCGGAGAAGCAGACACUUUUCGGACUAGAUGAGCGCACGAUCACGUACGACUACUCCAACGCCGAGGUCGAAGAGCUGAAAAAGGAGGGUCCAAAAAAGCUUGCAGAGUAUCAGAGGGAAAACUCUCUCGAGGUCGCACUUGAAAAGAGUGACACGAACUUUGCCAUCGGCGACGUCAUCACCGGCACUAGUAAAGAUAUCGAUAUCGUAACAGGGCACCAAGGCAAGGCACACGUCACCGCUGCUCAGGACGCCAGGCGCAUAGCUGGCAUCGUAGGGAAAGGUCUUUAUGUCUUGGAUGUUGGCGACAAAUUUUCUGUCACCGUCGACAACGCCACGCAGAUCACGGUCGGGACCGGUGACGCGAUCAUCAAGGGCAGGCACGUGACGAUAGAAAAGCCUGUCACCCUGCCUAUCAAGCCGGGAAAACAAGGGCUAAAAAGGUACUGCUGCAUCUCUUUGCGUGUAGAGCUCGCCGGGAGUGGCAGUGUCGAUAAGGCAAAGAUUAUCGUGAUAGAUGGUCAAGAGUCGUCGGGCACGCCGGAGUAUCCAUGGUACUCGGAUGGCAAGCUCCUGUCUGAUGGGACAGUGGCAGAUCUGCCGCUCUGCUACCUCCUUAUCGAUGGUAUCACCGUAGGUAAGCCAGCCUUGGCAAGAACAUAUGAGCUGCUGACAUCGAUCUCUGGCAUAAAAGAUGAAAUAGUUUCUGAAAUAAAAGAAAAAACUGAUAAAAUUUGGAACCGGCUUUCUGUAUACGACGCUAGAGGAACUGUGAUCGAAAGUCAAACAAUUCCGUCUGACAUUGAAGUUAAUGUGAUAUAUAGGCAACACUUCGACAGUCCAAGUAGUACCCCACGGGUAGCACGAUAUGGAACCUUUGUAGCUACUAUCGAAGCAAAACACAUCAUUAGGCAGAAAAAUAUCCUUACUCAAUACGAAGAUACGCAAAUCGAAAAUUUUCUCAAAUUGAGAUUCAAAUUGCGAGAUCUUUCAAGGCCAUCAGACCUCAACAGGGAUAAAUCACUUGUGCCAUUUUUCGGGGAAAACUACAAAAACACUAGUGUAAACUCAUAUUAUGUUGACGCUGAUACAGUAUUGCGUAACGAGUUUGAUUCGAUCUACCUAAUAAUCGCACUGUCGCGCUCAAUGAAAAAUACGAGCUACUCUCUUGGAGAAAAUCUUGGGUCGCUGACGAUCACAUCGCCAUCAAUGAAAAAAGAACGGAUGCCAUAA